CUGGGCCGGUUGUGGCGCGAGCAGGUGCAUGGCGGCGGCGCGGGGUUCCAACCGCUUCUUCCGCGGCCUGGUGUGCGGGACCGCGCUGGGCGCCGCCGCCUCGGGCCUGGCCGCGCUGCAGUUCCGACACAACCACGAGCCGGAACCGGAACCGGAGCCGGGGCGGGUGGAGCCGGCGGUGCUGGAGGAGUUCGGGCUGCCCGACACCGGAGCGGAGAGCAGGUUUUACUUGAACCACGCGCUGUCUUACGACCAGGCCAAGCGGAUCCCCAGAUGGGUGGUGGAGCACGUUUCCCAACAGAAAACCCUAGGUUCUGCAGACCGAAAGCACUGUAAAUUCAAACCGGAUCCUAAUAUCCCUCUAAUGUUUAGUGCUGUCAAUGAAGACUACUUUGGGAGCGGAUGGUCACGAGGGCACAUGGCACCAGCAGGAGAUAACAAGUUUUCAACACAAGCUAUGGCUGAAACAUUUUAUCUCUCCAACAUUGUGCCUCAGAAUUACGAGAAUAAUGCUGGAUUUUGGAACAGAAUGGAAAUGUAUUGUCGGGAAUUGACAAAGAGAUUUGAGGAUGUUUGGAUAGUUUCAGGACCUUUGACCUUGCCUCAAACAGAUGAUGAUGGAAAGAAGAGAGUUACCUAUCAGGUAAUUGGAAAAGAUGAUGUGGCCGUGCCAUCACACCUCUACAAGGUGAUCCUUGCCCGGCGAAGCAGAACGUCAGUGGAGCCCCUUGUGCUGGGAGCCUUUGUGGUGCCCAACAACCCCAUAGGCUUCAGUCACCAGCUGCCUGAAUUCCAAGUCAACAUCGAAGACCUGGAGAAAAUGUCAGGACUGGUUUUCUUUCCACAGGUAGACAAAACUAAGGAUGUUAAAAAUCUCUGUGAUGUGGACACCUGUAAGCUAAUAGGGUUUAAGGAGUUCACAUUGUACCUUACUGGCCGGAAAGUGCAGAGUGCCAGAACGCUGCACAGGCUGGAAAAGGCCAUGUCAGAGUUAAGGGAAUCAGGAAUUGAGCCUGACGAAUAUCUAAUGAGAGUCUACAAGAAGAAGGAAGAGGAACUCACUCAGCAAGAGCCGCGGGAAGCUAGAGAAAGGAAGACUGGCUGAAUGUUUGUCUCAGAAAACUGUUUGAGAAUAUGUUCUCCCCGGGCUGUAUAUCUGUGCGUGCACACUCCCUUUGUGUUUUGGGCCUGGGCUGUUCAAAGAACUUGUCAAAACAAUUGCGAGAGAAUGAAAGUUGAUGGAUUUGGGGGAUAAGGUUCAUUCGUUCUCCUCUAAUACGAUGCAGGUACAACUUGAUAAAGUACUUUUGCUAUGGGAAGUAAAAAUAACCCCUUCGCAGCAUGCUAAGAGACCUCUAGAAAAGGCGGUGUUGUACUAUUUUCUAAAGCCGACGUCAGACUUGGGUUUUGAACGGAAUCUCUUCUAGGAAGGUUUUAAAAAUAGACAAUGGACACCUUGGGAGUAUAACUGGAACAUGUCUAAAUGUAACUCACCCUGUAGAUGUCUUUGAAAAUGAUGCUGUGGAAGCAAUGGUAUUAUUAUGGGGGCUGGUUGAUGAAAGAAAUACAGAAUGGUGUGGGAUUUUA